UUCAAUUACUUGAUAUUUUUACAUUGUUAAUAGCUGCUUCUUUGCACUAGUUUAUCACGCGUUGCGUAGGAAAUGAUUUUCAUGGGAAAAGAAAUGCAUUUCGAGGAAUAGAAAUUUGUUAUCUGCAAAAGGAAAUAACAGUAAUAAAAUCUAUACUCAAAAUCUUUUUUCCCAUACUAUGGCAGUGGCAGUAAUUUGUUUUACUAAUAUUUCAUUCUACCAAAAUAAAUAAAAAAUCAAUCAACUUGCACACGGAGCAUGAACCGCGUUAAGUAGAUUAUUAAUUGGAACCUACUCUCUACCAUGUUAACCUGCUACAAUCAUUUAAUAAUGGGAAGAGAUUAUAAUACAGAGACACUAGUACUAGUUAACAAUAUAGAAAAAUAUUGUAAUGGAGAAAAAUAAUACUAUGCAUUAUUAUUGUUAAUUAUAAAGAAAUCAGAUAAUCUAGAUUAAUUAAUUAAAUAGAGGGCUAAUAGCUGUAUAAUAUAUAUAUACUAUCAAUCAUUAUUACAGAAAAGAACAAAGGAGACAAGUGUUGCAGUUGCAAUGGCAAAUUUUGAGGGCAGAAAAAAGGAGGUGAUAGCAAUAAUUGGAGGUGGAAUCAGCGGCCUCCUAGCGUGCAAAUACUGCAUUUCCAAAGGAUUUGAUCCAAUUUUGUUCGAGUCAAAGAGUAGCAUUGGGGGUGUUUGGACUAAGACAAUUGGGAGCACUAAGCUGCAGACACCAAAACCCGUAUACCAGUUUUCUGAUUUUCCAUGGCCCGAUUCAGUUAACCAAGUGUUUCCUGACCAACAAAUGGUGCUUGAGUACAUUGAAUCGUACGCACGUCACUUUGAUUUGUUUAGCCACAUUCACUUCAACAGCAAAGUGUUGAGCCUCAACUUUGAAGAUGGCGGCAGUGGAGACGGAGAAUGGAAUUUGUGGGGCGAGGCUUAUAGUUAUAGCAAUAAAGGGAAGUGGAAAGUCACUGUACAGGACACUCGAGCCAUAUCCCCACAGAUACAGAUAUACCAAGUUGAUUUCGUAGUAGUUUGUGUGGGAAGGUUCAGUCAAGUCCCAAACAUGCCUGAAUUCCCUCAAAACAAAGGCCCUGAAGUUUUUGAGGGUGAAGUAGUCCAUUCGAUGGAUUAUUCAAUGAUGGACUCCUCAACUGCAACCAACUUUGUCAAAGGAAAACAAGUUGCCGUCGUAGGAUUCCAAAAAUCAGGAAUGGACAUUGCCAUGGAGUGCUCCACAGUUAAUGGGGUUGAACGUCCAUGCACAGUACUAAUCAGGACACCACAUUGGAACCUUCCCGAUUAUUUCCCAUGGGGACUCAAUUUGGGAUAUCUGUUCCUAAAUCGAUUCUCUGAACUUAUGGUUCAUAAACCUGGUGAAGGCUUUCUUCUAAGUCUCCUCGCCACAAUUCUUUCACCAUUAAGGUGGGCCUUUACAAAAUAUAUAGAAAGUUACAUAAAACACAAACACCAGCUUGCAAAACAUGGAAUGGUGCCAGAGCAUAGUUUCUUAAACGAAUUGAGUUCCUGUUCAGUUUCUUUAGUGCCAGAGGGCUUCUAUGAGAGAGUAGAGGAAGGAAGUAUCAAGCUCAUCAAGAAAGCAGAGAGUUUUGGAUUCUCAAAAGAAGGUAUUGUGCUCGACGGUCAUGCUACUGAACCCAUUAAAGCCGACGUAGUCAUACUAGCUACUGGCUUCAAUGGACUUGAUUAUCUCAAGCAUAUUUUUGAAUCGACAAAAUAUCAGGAAUUCAUAGCAGGCUCAGAUGAUUCUGCUGCAGUUCCCCUCUAUAGGGAAUGCAUUCAUCCCCGGAUUCAACAACUGGCAAUAAUUGGAUUCUCAGAAAGCGUAUCUAAUCUACACACCUCGGAAAUAAGGUGUCGAUGGCUGGGAGAGCUUCUUGAUGGAAAAUUUAAGCUACCAAGCAUUAAGGUGAUGGAGAAAGAGAUAGCAGAAUGGGAUAAAUACAAGAAGAGAUAUUCAUAUAACAAGUACUACAGGAGAUCAUGCAUUGGUGCAUUGCACAUUUGGUACAAUGACCAACUAUGCAAGGACAUGGGAUGGAACCCUAAAAGGAACGGCUUUUGGGCUGAGUGGUUCCAACCUUACGGCCCAAUGGAUUACAUCGGCUAAUGUAUGUUAAAGAGCUCCAAAACCUCCCAUCUUGAAAUUUCUUUUUCUAAAUAUGUUUUCUUUUACUGAACCUUUGUGCAAUAAAGGGUAGCAUGCUACUACUCUUUCCAGUUCAAAAGGAAUGUCUUCUGAGAGUAACAAAAAGUGCUUUGAUAUAUGCACAAAACUUUUCCUCAACGAGGACAAAGUUCAUUUCUAAAAAGAUGUUCAAAUUUUUAUUCUCCUCCAUUACCUAAUUAGUACGAUGACAAAUGUUUUACAGUUCA